GGGGCAGACACGGUUUCUUAAACGGAGUGACGCGCCGGGCGGCCACAUCGGGCUUGGUGACUCAAGUGUCGUCGCUCACUCCUAGCGGACGCUGUCAGGUCUCUGUACUUCCAUUCCUGAAGGACCCACAGGAUGUUUUCCAAACUAGCAAGUUUGCAGUCUGUUGCUGCUCUGAGGCGAGGAAUCCAUGCCUCAGUCGCCUCUACUGCAUCUGUUGCAACUAAGAAGACAGUCCAAGGCCCACCAUCCUCUGAGUACAUUUUUGAACGGGAGUCUAAGUAUGGCGCACAUAAUUACCAUCCUUUACCUGUGGCCCUGGAGAGAGCAAAAGGCAUCUAUGUGUGGGAUGUAGAAGGCAGGCAGUACUUUGACUUCCUGAGCGCUUAUGGUGCUGUCAGCCAAGGGCACUGCCACCCCAAGAUCAUAAAUGCAAUGAAGAGUCAGGUGGACAAACUGACCUUAACGUCUCGUGCUUUCUAUAACAACGUCCUUGGUGAAUAUGAGGAGUACAUUACCAAGCUUUUCAACUACCACAAAGUUCUUCCAAUGAAUACAGGAGUGGAGGCUGGAGAGACUGCCUGUAAGCUUGCUCGUCGUUGGGGCUACACCGUGAAAGGCAUCCAGAAAUACAAAGCAAAGAUUGUUUUUGCUGAUGGAAACUUUUGGGGUCGAACAUUGUCUGCAAUCUCCAGUUCCACAGACCCGACCAGUUAUGAAGGCUUUGGACCUUUCAUGCCAGGCUUUGAAACGAUCCCAUAUAACGAUCUGCCUGCACUGGAGCGUGCUCUUCAGGAUCCCAAUGUUGCUGCCUUCAUGGUGGAGCCCAUCCAGGGUGAAGCAGGUGUUAUCGUUCCAGAUCCAGGAUACCUGACGGGGGUUCGAGAACUCUGCACCAGGCACCAGGUCCUGUUUAUUGCUGAUGAAAUACAGACAGGGUUGUCGAGAACUGGUAGAUGGCUGGCUGUGGAUCAUGAGAACGUCAGACCUGACAUAGUUCUUCUCGGGAAGGCCCUUUCUGGUGGCUUAUACCCUGUGUCUGCAGUGCUGUGUGAUGACGAGAUAAUGCUGACCAUUAAACCAGGAGAACACGGCUCCACCUACGGCGGCAAUCCACUCGGCUGCCGAAUCGCCAUUGCAGCUCUUGAGGUUUUAGAAGAAGAGAAUCUUGCUGAAAAUGCAGACAAGAUGGGCGCCAUCUUGAGAAAGGAGCUCAUGAAGCUGCCCUCUGAUGUUGUGACUUGUGUAAGAGGGAAAGGAUUGCUGAAUGCCAUCGUCAUCAGAGAAACCAAAGACUGUGACGCGUGGAAGGUGUGCCUGCGACUCCGAGAUAAUGGGCUCCUGGCCAAGCCAACCCAUGGCGACAUCAUCAGGUUAGCCCCUCCGCUUGUGAUCAAGGAGGACGAGAUCCGGGAGUCAGUGGAAAUCAUUAACAAGACCAUCUUGUCCUUCUGAGAGUAAGAACUGCGCAGUGGCCCCUGGGAGUCAUUUUCAGACGGGCUUCUUGUGAAGCUCUGCUCACAGCGGCCAGCUCCCACUUGUCUGUCUCUUUAAAGACUUUUUUUGGAUACAUAUGUAUAUUUUUCAGUUGAUGCAUAGUGGAGUGACACUUAGGAACUGCAGUGGUCGUGUGCCAGAGGAGCGAGAGUGAGUGGCAUCUCUCUCAAGUGUUGACUGUGGGAACUAUCUAAGGGGAAGGAAGCGCCGCCAUCUGUACCCAGCCUUCAGACCCAGUCCUGCAGUCGUUGAUAUACAUUUUUAUAAUUUCCUUGCUGGUGUGAAUGUUUUGUAUUCAAAAGUUAUUUCUACGUAAGAGACUCACUUAACAUCAUGCAGUUGAAUUGUUAUAAUCAAUGAAUAUUAAAAUGAUUGAAGGUUAAGCCUAUGUUAAAAUACUAGUUUCAAGUAAACUUUGCAUUGGCCAAUACCAGAAUGUAUUGUAUAGAUUCUGAGAAUUCAUUCCUAAAAUUUCACUUAAAGUGCUUGACUGCAAUUUGUAAAACAUUUAUUUUCAGUAUUUCUUUGAAUAAAGCUCGAUUUUUCUUUUUACCCCAACAGAGUAUUUUGUAUUUCCAUAUUGGUAAUAAUCAGUGUAUUUCACCCUUAUGACUGGCAUUUCAUUUCCUCUUGAGACCACUCACUGGGUGUGUUUCAGGCUUUUCCUUCUAAAUAAAGCUAUGAUUAGUUCAUAUCUGUA